CUUGGGUCAAUCGUCUAUGAAAGUUUUAAUGGUUUAAGAUUUUUGAGAAGUUUAGAUUUAACAAAUCAAAAUUUAAAAGCUAUACCUUUCAAAGCAUUUAAAGGAUUAGAUAAUUUAAGUGUAUUAUUAUUGUCCAAUAAUGGUUUGAAAUCAAUUGAAAAUGGAAGUUUUAUAGGACUAAAUAAUUUGGACAUAUUAGAUUUAUCAAACAACUCUUUAGAAUUUAUACCAAGUGGAUCGUUUUUGGACCUGAGUGAUUUAAACAAUUUAAAUUUAGCUAAUAACUCAUUACGAAAGUUAGAAUCAGGAAGUUUUUAUUACUUAAGUAGAUUAAAUAAAUUAAAUUUAAUAAAUAAUGAUAUAAACUCUAUUGAAAAAGAAAGUUUUAUAGGCCUAAAUAAUUUGAACACAUUAGAUUUAUCGCACAACUCUUUGGAAUUAAUUCAAAAAGGCAGUUUUAUUGGCAUAAAUAAAUAUAUUUCAUUAUUAGACUUGUCAAAUAACUAUUUAGAUUUUAUACCAAGUGAAUCAUUUUCAGGCUUGAACAGUUUACUACAUUUAAAUUUGGUUAAUAAUUCUUUGCAAAAGUUAGUACCCAAAAGUUUUUACGGUUUAAGUGAAUUGCUUGAAUUAAAUUUAUCAAACCAAAAUUUAACUGAAAUACCAAUAGGAACAUUUAAAGGAUUAGAUAGAUUACAAAACCUAAUAUUAUCAAAUAACCCUUUAAAAUUACUUGAAUAUGGAAGUUUUAGUUUUUUAAAAGAAUUGUCUACUUUAGAUUUAUCGAAUAAUAAUUUGAAUUUUAUACCAUGUGAAUCAUUUAAGGAUUUAAAUUCAUUAAGAAGUUUACUAUUAACUAAUAAUUGUUUACAAAAAUUAGAACUCAAUAGUUUUUAUGGUUUAAAUAAAUUGACCAGAUUAAAUUUAGCAAACCAAAAUUUAAGUCAUAUUCCAUUGGGAUCAUUUAAGGGAUUUGAUAGAUUAAAUACGCUUUCAUUAUCGAACAACAGUUUAAAAGAAAUAAAAAAUAGAAAUUUUUAUGAUUUAAAUUAUCUGAAUACAUUGGAUUUAUCAAAUAAUUUUUUACAUUUUAUACCAAAUGGAUCAUUUGAAGGUUUGAGCAGUUUAAUAGAUUUAUUAUUAACAAAUAAUUCAUUAAUCACAUUAGAAUCUGGAAGUUUUAAUGGCUUAUUUAAUUUGGCCAAAUUAGAUUUAACAAAUAAUUCAUUAAUCACAUUAGAAUCUGGAAGUUUUAAUGGCUUAUUUAAUUUGGCCAAAUUAGAUUUAACAAAUAAUUUUUUACAUUUUAUACCAAUUGGAACAUUCGAUACCUUAAACAAUUUAGUAACGUUAAAAUUGUCAAAUAAUAAUUUAAACUCAUUUAAUUUUGGUAGUUUUGAUGGUCUAGACCAUUUACAAAAUUUAGAUUUAUCGUAUAAUCUCUUAGACAAAAUUCAAAGCAAUAAAUUUUUGAAAUUAACAAAUUUAAAAGUUUUAAAUGUAUCGUAUAAUGCUAUUAAUUCCAUGGAAUCGGAAAUUUUUACUAAUUUAAAUUUGUUAAAUAUGUUAAUUUUUGAUGGUAACCAAAUAUAUGAAAAAAGUAUUAUCACAAAAGUUACAUGUAUCACAAAUACUUGUAGUGGUCGAACAAUCAGCUUAGGAGAAAAUAGACAAAGAUGUUGGGAUUUGGCAGUUGAUGUGAUUGCUGCAAAAGCAAAACUUAUAAAACUUAUAAGUAUUAAAAAUACUACAGCACUACCAAAUGUUUUUGGGAUAGAUUGUAAAGAGUAAAUUUUUUUGUAAUAUU